AGAUGAAUGGUGGCGGGCUAUGCGAACACUGAGCCGCCAUGAGGUGGAGCCGGCUGCUGCUGCUGCCGCUGCCACUGUCGCUGCUGUGCCUGCUGGCCGCCGCCGCAGCCGCCGACGCGCAGUCCACGUCCGCGCUGUCGACGCCGUCCGCCCCCGCGUCGCCCACGACACCCACCGCCACCGCUACUACCGCCGCCCCCGCAGGUCUGCGGGGCCACCGGCGAGGAGGCGCGAACCGGAGACCGCGCAACGGGAACAGCGGCCACCACAACAACAGCCACGCCAACGGCAGCAACAACAACAACCACCGGGGAGGCACCGAGAGGCGGCAGCGACACCGCAAGGGAGGCGGAGGCCGCGGUCGCGGCUCCAAGUGGUGGGGGAUCGCCAAGAUCGGGGAGCCGACGAACCUGCUGCCGCUGCCGCCGGGGCGCGCCAAGGCGCUGGACCCCAUCAUCCAUGCGACGCUGCGGCGGCGCCAGCGCCGGCUCGUGCUGGACAACCAGGGUGUGCUGAUGGCCGUCGUCAAGGGCGCCAAGCAGGCCAUCCUCGAGUGCCAGUACCAGUUCCGCAACCGCCGCUGGAACUGCUCCACGAGAAACUUCGUCCGCGGCAAGAACCUCUUCGGCAAGAUCGUCGACAGGGGCUGCCGGGAGACGGCGUUCAUCUACGCCAUCACGAGCGCCGGCGUGACGCACGCGAUAGCGCGCGCCUGCUCCGAGGGCAGCGUGUCGGCCUGCUCGUGCGACCACAGCUACGCGCACCGCGGUCACGCCCACGCCAAGCACCCUCUGCCCGGCACCGCCGCCGCCGCCGCCGCAGGAGCGGGUGGGCUGCUGUCGGCAGCGCCUGCGGGGACGGGCGUGGCGGCGACCGGGGGCCGCACCGCGGCGCAGGCGGCGGCCGACUGGGAGUGGGGCGGCUGCUCCGACAACAUCGACUACGGCUUUAAGUUCUCCCGCGAGUUCGUCGACACGGGCGAGCGCGGACGCUCCCUCCGGGAGAAGAUGAAUCUUCACAACAAUGAGGCGGGCCGAGCGCACGUGGUGUCGGAGAUGCGGCGCGAGUGCAAGUGCCACGGCAUGUCGGGCUCGUGCACGAUCCGCACGUGCUGGAUGCGGCUGCCCAGCUUCCGCGUCGUGGGCGACAACCUGAAGGACCGCUUCGACGGCGCGUCGCGCGUCAUGCUGAGCAACGCGGCGGCGCCGGGCGGCGGCAAGCGCAGCCGCUACAACCUGCAGCUGCGGCCCUACAACCCGGACCACAAGCCGCCCGGCGUCAAGGACCUCGUGUACCUGGAGCCGUCGCCGGGCUUCUGCGAGCGCAACCCGCGCCUCGGCAUCCAGGGCACGCACGGCCGCCAGUGCAACGACACCUCCAUCGGCGUCGACGGCUGCGACCUCAUGUGCUGCGGGCGCGGCUACCGCACGCAGGAGAUCACCGUGGUGGAGCGCUGCGCGUGCACUUUCCACUGGUGCUGCGAGGUCAAGUGCAAGCUCUGCCGCACCGUCAAGACCAUCCACACGUGUCUCUAGGCGGCUCCCCUACGGACACCCCCUCCCUCCCCCCCACCACCACCAACACGUCAACCAUUCCUCUUCUCAACGCUGCUGGCCCUCUGACUCCCCAUUCCUCCAGAUGUCUCUUCCCGUUCACCGUUUUCCCUACUGCAGUGUCAGUUUCACAUUUCGUCAUGCCCAAUUCCACUCCACAUGAUCAUCCUUUAAGAAUGUGUCUGUAUCAGACUUUACUUUCAUUGCCCGUUUUCCAGGGAUAUGGAACCGACAGGCCUUCUUCAGCAUGCUCGAUAGUCCCAACAGUGCCAUUGCUGUGUAACGAGAAACUCAACGACGCUGGCCCAAAUGUAGUUGCUUGUAGCAACUAGGCACUUCUGAUCUACUGUUCCGACUUUAGAGCCGGGAGAAAUGAAGUAGUGCAUGCUUACCAAAAACCCUCAUCUCUUACACGUCAACCACCCCUCUUCUCAGCGCUGAUAGCCCUCUGACUCCACCAGCUCCUCUACCGCUUUCUCCAAACGAGUCACCCCAUCACUGUUUUCCCUACUGCAGUGUCCAUUUUACAUUUCGUCAUGCCCAGUUCCCCUCCAUAUGACAAUCCUGUAAGACUUUGAGUCUAUGUCAGAAUUCCAUUUCCUUGCCCUUUCUUCAGGAAUCGAGAAUCGAAGUAUCUUCUUCAGCGCAGCAGUGCUGUAUAACAAGAAACUGCAACGACGCCGGUCCAUCCCAGUUUGGUCGCUUGUAGCAAAACAAUUUCUAGGCACUUCUGAACUAUUGUUCAGACUUAGAUCCUGGAGAAAUGAGUAGGCGUUGAAGUGCAUGCUCACAAAGAGCUCCGUUUAUCACGAACGUGCAGGUCACGACUCUUCAAGAUCAUGCUGUGCAAGCAAUGAAACCUGCUUACUGCCUUACACCGCACUCGAAUCUAGUUUAAGAGUUCGAUUACAUGCGCUGCUCCACAAGUUUUUACGCUUUACCUAUAAGCUCCAAAUGAAUUUACCGUGUAUCUGAGGUAACAGUCUAGAGCCGAAUAUAUUGGUGACUAAGUUGUUCCCUAUAUACACGAAAUGGGGGACGAGCCAUUAUCAAGUGGACGGGCAAAUCGCAGGCCAGCCAUUUUCAGAAUUUACACCAUUGGUGAGAGGUUCUUCAGGUACUUCGUAUUUGCUGUUACAUCAUUCAUAGCAUUUCUCCCAAUUUACCCUGUUGCUACGGAUCCAUUUUCUCUUUCCUCUCAAACCAGUUGUGUUUUUACGUACUGCUCAAUAGUUUUUCACACACUUGCUGAUAAAGGAAUUGCCAAUGAUACGAAUAUGUUUACAAACACCAAAAUUCUUCUCUCACAUCGAUACCGUUUACUCGGGACCGUUAAUAUAUAGAGAAGCAACAAAUGAAGAAUCUCCUUCGUUUCCGACGGCUGCAUUUUCAUGCGGAACUGCGUAAGUCAGCCGUGUAAUAGAAAUCGUCAGUAUCCAGACACAACCAAUCUUUCAAUGUCGCCAUUUCUUACAUGAAUCCCUCUGUCCUUCCACUCUUCCAGGUUCCCGCCUUCGUUUCAUCCUGUGCGUCUUGCCCCCAGAAAAGCUACUGAAGGAACAGUUGUCUUUCACGAGACACUGUAGCAGGUGUUUCCACUUCCUCCCGCUCCUUGUUCCUGCUGGUCAGAGCGCGCACACCCCUCUGGGCGCAGGGGUGGUCGAGCGAAGGGAUCGUAAAUCGUCCUGGGAAGGAGUUUCACCCGUGUGUGUGUAUGUAUGUGUGUGUGGCGUGCGUGUGUGUUCGCUGGGAGGGGUAGCGGACCGGCGUUAUCUGUGAGGACGGCAAACACGCGCCGACAAACACCGGGGAGUUAUCUCGGAGACAGUUGGGCAAACAGUGAAAGCGUUCUGUACAUACGUCUGUGUAAAUACUUGAGAGACGCUAAAGACAAUAUAGUUUUCAAAGAGUUGCGCCGAGGAGGGCCUCGCCUGCCCUCGUCUUCCUACCUGCGGCGCGCCGGCCGUGGCGGCUGCUGCCCUGAAGACUGACGUCCGCUGUUGUAAAUCUACUGUAAUUAAACGAAACACGACUGCGACGCUCGUAUUUAAAAGAAAGAGAGUACCUUCCGAUGCCAUAAGCUAUUGUAGUUUUCCUUACAGAUGACUGAGUUUAAUUGUACAGGGUUUGUGUAGUCAUCCCAAAGCGUAUUACUUGACACUAGUCAAAACUGAAUGAAAGCGUUCUCGUAGAAACGCUGUACAUAUGCAAGACAUAAUGCUAUAAAUAUAUAUAUUUUUUGUAAUCUAGAUAAUUUAGCGCUUAAGAUGAUUAUAACACUAGAAGCGUGUUGAGUUACACUUUACAUUAUGUUUAGUUACACAUUUAAAUGAUACUGCCUAGAUAUAUUAUUUAUUGAAUGACUGUCUGUCAAAAACAUUUGCGUCCUUAAAAAAUCGCCAUUGCCAAAAUUUGUAAAUAUAGAGGAUUUCUUAUGAAUUUAGACGCUAAGAGAGACUACUUACAUGUUUGUACUGUGUCUGUACAUAUCUUAGUAUUUAUGUUGAGAAGUAUUUAAUUUGAAUAUUUGUGUACAUAUUAACGGAGUAGAGACUGUUUCUUUUCCGAUUCUGAAGUACUUAAUUACCAAACGCGAGAAGCGUAAUUAUUUGUGACAAAAUCAUCUAAUUUACAAGAAGAUAAUUUUUUGUUCACAGUUGUGUGUCUUUUGAGUUCUGAAAUUCCAAAUGAACUUUUUAUUUUUAUUUUAACUAUUCUAGACUGUCAGCAAAGUCACUGUAAGUCGUGUAAGAAAUGUAAAAAAAAAUAUAUUUUAUUUUAUGUUAUUUUGUUUCCUAUGCUGACGCAACAUUUUGUUUUGAUAAUAUUAUGCCUUUCCUCAACAAAAUGUUUUUUUCCCCCUAGCUUUGUUAUUAAAUAAAUAAUCUGAUGAACUUCCUA